AUGUCCGCACGGCAAGAGUACGACGUCAUUGUGAUAGGAGCAGGGUGGUACGGUCUCGCCGCGGCAAGGACAUAUAUCGAGCUGCACCCCCAUGAAAAGAUUGCCAUCCUCGAAGCGGAUUCCACCUGCGGAGGAACAUGGUCCAGAGACAGGCUCUACCCCGGCCUCAAGUCCAACAACCUCUACGGCUCCUACGAGUACCCGGAUUUCCCAAUGACGCAGGACGUGUACGGCGUCAAGCCCGGACAGCAUAUUCCCGCCGGCGUGCUGCACAAAUACCUCACCGACUUUGCUACCAAGUUCGGCGUGCUCGAGAGGACACGCUUCAACACGCGCGUCGAUGCCCUCGAGGCCACGGCCCAAAACUCCUGGAUCGUCCACACGUCGCCGUCCAAGAACGCCGACCCGGGGCGUUUACCAGAAAUCCUGCAUGCGAAAAGGGUCAUUGUCGCAUCGGGACUCACUUCGCAGCCUAAUAUUCCGCACUACCCGGGCCAAGAUACCCUCGAGUCGACGUUUUUCCACGCCAAGGACUUUUGCGAACAGCGCGACACGGUCAAGACUGCCAAGAGGGCCGUCGUCAUCGGCGGCGGUAAAUCCGCCCUCGACUGCGCAUACGCCUUCGCCACGGACGGCGGCAACGCACAAGUCGACCUGGUGAUUCGCCCGACGGGCCAAGGCCCCGUGUGGCUCUGCCCAGCACACGUCACGCCCUUCAAGAGGGCGACGGAGGAGCUCCUCAACACCCGGCUGCUGACGUGGUUCAGCCCGUGUCCCUGGGGCGGCGAGGACGGGUACUCCCUCGCACGGCGGUUCCUGCACGGCACAGCCGUGGGCCGGUUCCUCACCCGGUCCUUCUGGCGGCUCCUGAGCGCCGAUGUCAUCCGGGCGAAUGGGUAUAAUGGCCAUCCGGAGCUGGGGAAGCUCAAGCCGUGGGAGAGCGUGUUCUGGACGGGAAGCGGCGUCGGCAUACACAACUACCCCAGCAAUUUCUUCCAUCUUGUCAAGCAGGGCAAGAUCAGAGUCCACGUUGCGAGUGUUUCCAGGGUGGGAGGGAAGAAGGUGUACCUCUCUGACGGGGACGUCUUGCCAGACGUGGACGUGGUCGUGUGCGCUACGGGCUGGGACAAGAAAUCCGGCAUUGAGUUUGUCAACUUUCAUCCGCAGGCGUCCCUUGCCGAUAUGCCCGAGGAGAAGAAGGGGGCGCUGGUCAGCCAGGCGGACGACUGUAUUCUGUCCUCGUUCCCUCUUUUAAGGGAGCAGCCUGCGCUGCGCGGCGCGCCGAAAAGCGUGGAGCCGUUGCGAAACUACCGCUUCAUCGUGCCGCUGGACCACGUGUCGAGCUGUAAUAUCGCGUAUGCGGGCAUGGUGUCGACGGUUAGCACGACCAUGUUUGCUAGCGUGCAGGCGCUUUGGAUCUCGGCCUUUUUCGACGGCAAGCUGCGCCGCGGGCCGGGGGGCCAGGCUGAUGUGAUGCAGGAGGUGUUGCUGCACACGGAGUUUGGCAAGUGGCGGUAUCCGUAUGGCUACGGGGCCGAGCUGCCGGAUUUUGCGUUUGAUUCGGUGCCCUAUGUUGAUUUGUUGCUGAACGAUUUGGGGUUGAAGGUUCAUCGGAAGCAGUCGCGGCUGAUGGAGCUGGUUGCGCCGUAUAAGCCGCGCGAUUAUAGGGGUUUGAUGGAGGAAUGGCAAGAGGCGCAGCACUGGGGUAAAGUUUAG